CCUCACUGACUGCGCAUGCGCAGACACCCAACAUGUCUGCGCCCUUCAGCAAGGUGGGAAAGGAACAGCAUCGUUAUAAGAAGCUUUAGCAAUGCCUUCAUUGACCGGUUUGACUCGUUAUUACCGCACCGAUGAUUCCCGGUAGCAGCAUAAACGUAACGGAGCAGUUCGGCUGUUUAUUAUGAAGAUAUUUUUAGUGCGCUAAAAACACGCAGCGCUUGUUUACUCCCUCAAAGGCUCCUAUUUGUCUCUCUGGGUUGGAAUCCAGCUCUUAAUAUCAACGUAUAAUAAUAUCCUCAUAUUCACGAUGAACAUUUCCGGCUGUGGUUGCUGAAACGUGAAGUUAAAACGUCACAAUAAAGUGGCGCAUGACGUCAUACACACGCGCCGAAUUCAAGAACGACUGUUUGAUGCAUUUCUCAGUUACUAUUUAUAGCGGAAUAUUCUUUUGCUGGAUGUGGUUUCCUUUAUUGAUGGGAUUCGGACGGAUGUUCCUCGCGGAGUAGAAGUCCUCUCCGGAUCUUCUCGGCCGCACGCUGAAUCCCUCGAGUCGGCCUCCACGAUGGCCCACAGGAGAGCCGCACACCUUCUUCCCACAGCGAGCCAGUGUGUCUCCAGGCUUUGGGUUCCUCGUCUCCGGAACCCCCCAAACGCCAUCGGGCAAACCGCCUCGUUUCUUGGCCCCAACGGUGCCCCGGGCCGGGCCCCGAGAAGCCUUCACACCGCCACGCCGUCCAGGGCGGCCAAGCUGCUGUCGCUGGACGAGCUGUUCGCCAAAAGGUCCCUGCAGGAGCACCUGAAGGAGCUGCAGGCGGAGUACGCCGAGUGUCUGAAGGCCGCCAGCAGCCGCGGGGACGAGCCGAGGACCGAGAGGACCAGGGUGUCCCUGCUGGCUCCUCUGGUCCAGAGCAUCGGGGAGCUGGACACCAAGCGGAGACAGCUGGCCGAGACAGAGACCCUGCUGACCGACGAGGACCCGGCCCUGCAGGAGCUGGCCCAGCUGGAGCACGAAGGGUGUCAGCGAGAGAUUCAGGACCUCCGACAGAAGAUCCUGGACCAGCUGCUCCCGGAGGAGGAGGCCGAUCUCAGCGACCUGGUCCUAGAGGUGACAGCCGGGAUCGGAGGUCAGGAGGCCAUGCUGUUCACCGACGAGGUCUUCGACAUGUACCAGGGUUACGCUCGGCACCAAGGCUGGUCCUUCGACAUCCUGGAGCACAUGACCAGCGAAAUAGGGGGACUGCGUCACGCCUCCGCCAGCGUCAGCGGCCCUCACAGUUACAAGAGGAUGAAGUUCGAGGCCGGAGUCCAUCGGGUUCAGAGGGUUCCCCGGACGGAGAAGCAGGGCCGGAUGCACACCAGCACCAUGACGGUGGCGGUGCUGCCUCAACCCACCGAGAUCUCCUUCACCAUCAACUCCAAAGACCUGAGGAUAGAAACCAAGAGGGCGAGCGGAGCCGGGGGGCAGCACGUCAACACCACCGACAGCGCCGUGCGGAUCCUCCACCUGCCAACAGGCGUGGUGGCAGAGUGCCAGCAGGAACGCUCCCAGAUAAAGAACAAGGAGAAGGCCAUGAAGGCUCUGAGAGCUAAGCUGUACAGCAGGAAGCUGGAGGAGGAGACCAGCCGGCGCUACAACCAGCGGAAAGUGCAGGUGGAGGCCUUCAAUACCAUAUCAAGUGCAGAUCGGCACCAAGGGCCGAUCAGAGAAGAUCCGGACCUACAACUUCUCCAAGGACCGUGUGACGGACCACCGCCUCGGCACCACGGUGCACGACGUCAGGAGCUUCCUGCUGGGGGAGGACCUCCUGGACCAGAUGAACUCCUGGCUGCAGGAGUUCUCCAACCAGGAGGCGCUGGAGGAGCUGCUGGAGGAGACCCAGCGGGACGGCUCGUGAGGAGUUGGGAUUGGAGAAGCUCUCGUGGAUAUUGGCGAUUUACUCUGCUUCAAUUUCUGAGAGAACAACCGAAGAAAAUGAGCAUGAUGGUUUAAAUUGAGGAGCAAGUCUUCGUUCUUCUGGUCGAAUGAAAACCUGAAGUUCAUGUGCAGGUGUGACGUAAUGGAUCACGCUACAUGAUGUGUUCUAUAUGAUCUGUUGUAUAUGUGUCUAUAUGCAUCUGAAGCGGGUUAAAGUGGACUUGUGUGGAGGCUCCUGUGUUGCCGCAGGUUAAAUUGAUGGAGUCUGGUGGCCGUGAGGAGAAGAGCAGCAGCAAGAGUCACUAUCGACAGCAGAAAGAAUCAUUGAGUAAAGACUUUAUUCAGAGUAUUUCCACUGACACGGUUAACUGGACCGAACCGAUGCUGCUCUUAAAUCUGACUAAUAAAGAAGAAUGUUGAACCUGG